CAUGUCCACAAACUGAGAACAUUGAGAUAGAUUUAUCUGGCGAGUCCGUAAUCCGAGAGCACUGUGGUAGAUUGACCUUGAGAGUCCGUAAUCCGAGAGCACUGUGGUAGAUUGACCUUGAGAGUCCGUAAUCCGAGAGCACUGUGGUAGAUUGACCUUGAGAGUCCGUAAUCCGAGAGCAUUGUGGUAGAAUUGCGGUUCAACAUUGUGGUUCAAUUGCGAGUCCAUAAAAUGAGGGCAUUGUGGCAGAUUUACCUAGAGAAUCUAAUGCAAGAUCAUUGUGAUAAAUAUACUUUGAAAGUCCGUAAUCCGAGAGGAUUGUGGUAUUUAGACACAUUGACCUUGAGAGUCCGUAAUCCGAGAGCAUGCUGGUAGAUUGACCUUGGCAUUUGUUAUGUCUUUUCCCCAAUAUCAUGUUAUGUCACUUUCAAUAUUGGAGAUAUAUUCUAACUCAGACAUUUCAGGUAUGGAUAUCAUUUCGUCAAAGUUAACACGAAAUGAUAAUGUUUACUAUAGAAGAUUCUACCUGUAAACUGAAACAAAGGAUGUGAAUUAAACUUAAUUGUUCUCCGCAUCAUUUUACGCAGAUGUUCCUUGUCGGAGUCCGCUGACGUAAUACUCUAGGUGAGACAGGUAAAAGAAAGUCCAGACGAGUACCGAUAAAGUGAUCCACCUGUCCCAGAGAAUCUGACGUCUGUCGAGGUUAUGGGGUGUAGUAAAAUGAAAUGCAGAAGUUACGAAUUUUUCUCCUACGUACCAAAGAUUUGAACUCAUCCCAGAAAAUCUCAAUGACAUAUAUUACAGCUAAUUCCCUCCUCGCUGCUUUUGAUGUAAACCAGAGUUCGUAUCCAAUAUCUUAAUACGAUAAUAUAAAUCUGGCAAAGUAUGCGUUCUUAAAUAUUUUGUUUUCUGUUACGUGAGGAGGUGUGUUCAUUCAACGUAAAUAAAGUUGUAAGCGAGUAUGUUUCGGCAUUUCAGUGGCUGGGCUUGUAAAUAAUGGCCACAACUCGUGUUUCCCUGCCAGUGCUUUUGUUAUAUUGGUUUUUCCUUGCCCCUUUGCAGGCGCAGACCCUCAAUAUUCUAGCGUUUGAAUAUAGCCGGAAACUUUGGGAGAUUCCGAACUUAGGACUGGAAAUUGGACAGUGUGCUCAUUCUGUAGAGGAAGUUUUUCCGGGGCAUCCCUUGGUCAAAGAAUGUUAUUUACCACCCGCCAGGGGACAGAAACUACACUCCUCCAGGAACUACAAGUUGAACGACACCCAGAACAUUGAAGUGAAGUCCCCACGCGACAUUUUUACCUACAUUGGUCUGUGUGACGCGGCUGCUGUGUCCAGACUAGGGCUACUCCACAGAGGAGAUUGUAUAGCAAUUGAAAUCGCCAGUAACCUAACAUUCAACAAGAAGACUUACACCCGGGCAUACGUUGAGUACUAUCGUCACGACAUAGACAUACUCAGUCUGCAAUCAGACUUCUCUGUCGUACAAACUGCUGGAUUCGGCAAAGAGUAUUACCUGAAGAAUCGCAGCAUAGGGACCAUGGAAAUCGUUCUUGUGGAAAUGAAAUUUCCCAAUAAACGGAAAGCAAAUCUCCUUAAGAAUUCUCACUAUCAGAGUUUGUCAAUGAAGGAUUGGAUUUCCUACGCCUUCCAGGAGGCCGGCGAACCGGCGAACACCAAAAUAAUCCGCCUGUCAACUGCUAAACGAUUGGUAGAAAUAAAGAAAUACAAGAGAGGCAAACUGGCAGAAAUUGCAGGCUUACUAGGGGGUUAUGAGGCUGAAAUACUGGAAACGAGGAGGGAAAUCGAACGAGGCUACGUGAAACCUCAUCUGAACUAUGCCCUUCAACCAUACUUCAGCAAGGGAGCUGCAUUCAGAAAAGGAUCAGACAGUGCCUUAUGGGAGGAAGCAUCCAUUACAGAAAUAAAAAUCAACAGGGCAAAAGCCCGUCAGAAUUCCAUAAAACGCAGUGUAGGUAUUACAGCCAAAGUCCGUCAGAAUUCCAUAAAACGCAGUGUAGGUAUUACAACCAAAGUCCAUCAGAAUUCCAUAAAACGCAGUCUAGGUAUUACAGUAGUGCAGAACCUCUACAGUAAAGUGACAAGGUACCAUAUCCAUCUUUACAAUGCAUUAUCAGUGUAAGAGAAUCAGUUUGCCCAGCUGUAAGCUAAUGAAGAAUCUGAAGAAAGACAUCAGGCGACUCAAAAAAAUGUUUGAUUCAAAGAGACGGAGGUGGGUGGAAUUAAAUAAAGUUCAAAAACAACACACAGUGGAAACAACUCGUAAAAAGAUUGAUAGCUUUGUGAAACAACAAACUAAAAUGUCUUCCCAGUUUAAGCAAUGGAAGAAACAGCAAAGAGCCGCAAAGAGAGCAGAAAAAUUAAAAAAGAAGAAACUUCGUAAAAAACAAAAGAAAAAGGUCAAGAAAAACAAAAAUACGAAAAGCAAACAUUUGCUCUUAUCCAACAACACUCUAUCGAACGUUGUGUAGUUUUCGGAGUAUCGAUCGAUGGAUGUUGCACAAUUGCUGGUGCAGCAAUGGAUAACGCCUAGUUACCAGUGCAACAACAAAUGCUACAUAGUUGUCAGUGUGGAAAGUGUUGCAACAUAGUUGCCAGUGUAGCAACGAAUGUUGUGCAGUUAACAGUGUAACAAUGGAUGUUGCGUGGUUGCUGUUUUAACUACAAUUGUUGCGUUUUGUUAGGGUUUGAGUAACUACUACUGUUUGCUUCGUUUGCCUUCAUGUCCUUUUGUUCUUGAUCUGCUGUUAUUUUUGCUGCAGUUUUCACUGUAGACAAAACAUUGUAAAAAAGAAUAUAGCAAAUCCCCAAAACAUGUAACAUUGACAAAGAAUGUACAUAAAACCGCGAAUUCUAAACUCCACGAAAAAGGACUGACAUUUCAUACAUAAAACCGCGAAUUCUAAACUCCGUGAAAAACUAUUGACAUUUCAUAAAUAAAACCGCGAAUUCUAAACUCCGUGAAAAAGGACUGACAUUUCAGAAAUCAUGAAAAUAACCAGGACUGAACUGAAAAGUAAUAUAAUUUCAAUAGUUCACCUGUUCAAUAUUUCAUCACUUUGGGAGUGUCUGUUUAUCGUCAUUGUGAGUCCCAUUCACAUCGCAUCUGUGUACAGGGGUACAUCUAAUGUUGGUUGAAAUUUUGAUUUAAAUUACUGUAACUUUAUAUACAUUUUGAGGCCUGUAACCCACGAUUGGAGCAUGAAAAGUACUAUAAUUUAUACUACAUAGGUCGAAAAUCCCCCUCCGAAAAAAUUCUGGAUCCAGUCCUGCAUUUAUAAAGUGAAAACUUUGCAAUGACUGUUCACAAACACAAGGGGACUGAAUUUGCUUUACACUACAUGUAUGUGAUACGAUGUUGUGAUAUUGAUCUCCCAACCAUUCUUAAUAAAAUGAGAAUUACU